UCGUUUUAGGGAGCCAGGACCAUGGACUUAGCACCAGACAGGGCUACUGGCCGCCCGUGGCUCCCGUUGCACACUCUAUCAGUAUCUCAGCUCCUUCGAGUGUUUUGGCUACUGUCUUUGCUUCCGGGGCAGGCCUGGGUCCACGGGGCCGAGCAGCGCCAGGUGUUCCAAGUGCUGGAAGAGCAACCUCCAGGCACUCUGGUAGGCACCAUCCAGACGCGCCCCGGCUUCACCUACAGGCUCAGCGAAAGCCACGCCCUGUUUGCCAUAAACAGUAGCACCGGAGCCCUGUACACCACGUCCACCAUCGACCGCGAGAGCCUGCCCAGCGACGUGAUCAACCUGGUGGUCCUUUCCAGCGCGCCCACCUACCCCACCGAAGUGCGAGUGCUGGUGCGGGACCUUAAUGACAACGCCCCCGUUUUCCCGGACCCCUCUAUCGUGGUCACUUUCAAGGAAGACAGUAGCAGCGGGCGCCAAGUCAUCUUAGACACCGCCACCGACUCGGACAUCGGCUCAAACGGUGUGGACCACCGCUCCUACCGCAUCAUCCGCGGCAACGAGGCGGGCCGCUUCCGUCUGGACAUCACCCUGAACCCGAGCGGCGAGGGAGCGUUCCUACAUCUGGUGUCCAAGGGCGGGCUGGACCGCGAGGUCACGCCGCAGUACCAGCUCCUGGUUGAGGUGGAGGACAAGGGUGAGCCUAAACGGCGGGGCUACCUUCAGGUAAACGUGACUGUGCAAGACAUUAAUGACAACCCCCCGGUUUUUGGCAGUUCUCACUACCAGGCGGGGGUGCCUGAGGACGCGGUUGUGGGCUCCAGCGUCCUCCAGGUGGCGGCGGCGGACGCGGACGAGGGCACCAACGCGGACAUCCGCUAUCGCCUGCAGGACGAGGGGACCCCCUUCCAAAUGGACCCUGAGACGGGGCUUAUCACGGUACGGGAGCCCCUGGACUUCGAAGCCCGGCGCCAGUACUCGCUUACGGUGCAAGCGAUGGACAGAGGCGUGCCUUCCCUCACGGGGCGCGCCGAGGCGCUGAUUCAGCUGCUGGACGUGAAUGACAAUGACCCGGUAGUGAAGUUCCGCUACUUCCCUGCAACCUCGCGCUACGCCUCGGUAGAUGAGAACGCUCAAGUGGGCACCGUGGUGGCUCUGCUCACCGUGACCGACGCAGAUUCUUCCGCGGCCAACGGGAACAUCUCCGUGCAGAUUCUCGGGGGCAAUGAGCAGCGCCACUUUGAAGUGCAAAGCAGCAAAGUGCCGAACCUGAGCCUAAUCAAGGUGGCUAGCGCCUUGGACCGGGAGCGCAUCCCUUCCUACAACCUCACAGUUUCCGUCUCUGAUAACUAUGGGGCGCCCCCUGGCGCAGCAGUCCAGGCGCGCUCUUCUGUGGCAAGCCUGGUGAUUUUUGUUAAUGACAUCAAUGACCAUCCUCCUGUCUUUUCACAGCAAGUGUACAGAGUGAACCUGAGCGAGGAGGCGCCUCCGGGAAGCUAUGUGAGUGGGAUAUCUGCCACUGAUGGCGACUCUGGUCUCAAUGCUAAUCUGCGUUACAGCAUUGUCUCUGGCAAUGGACUGGGAUGGUUCCAUAUCAGUGAACAUAGUGGCCUCGUGACCACUGGAGCCGCUGGGGGCCUGGACCGUGAACUUGCUUCCCAGAUUGUACUGAAUAUUAGUGCCCGGGACCAGGGAGUUCACCCCAAGGUGUCCUAUGCCCAGCUCGUAGUAACUCUCCUAGACGUGAAUGAUGAAAAGCCAGUAUUUAGCCAGCCAGAAGGGUAUGAUGUGUCUGUGGUUGAGAAUGCCCCAACAGGGACAGAACUGCUGAUGCUCAGGGCAACUGACGGGGACCUGGGUGACAACGGAACAGUGCGCUUUUCCUUACAAGAGGCAGAGACUGACCGGAGGUCCUUCCGUCUGGAUCCUGUGUCUGGGAGGUUGAGUACUAUUUCCUCCUUGGACAGAGAAGAUCAAGCCUUCUACUCCCUGUUGGUUCUGGCCACAGAUCUGGGCUCCCCUCCUCAGUCAUCAAUGACUCGCAUAAAUGUGAGUCUUCUGGAUAUAAAUGAUAACAGCCCUGUGUUCUACCCGGUCCAAUACUUCGCUCAUAUUAAGGAGAAUGAGCCUGGAGGUAGCUACAUCACCACUGUGUCUGCCACUGACCCAGACUUGGGUAGCAAUGGUACUGUCAAAUAUAGUAUAUCUGCUGGGGACAGGUCUCGGUUUCAGGUCAAUGCUCAGAGUGGGGUUAUUUCUACAAGAAUGGCCCUAGACAGAGAAGAAAAAACAGCUUAUCAGUUGCAAAUAGUAGCUACUGAUGGUGGCAAUUUACAAUCUCCCAACCAGGCAAUAGUAACCAUCACUGUAUUGGACACUCAAGACAACCCACCUGUAUUCAGUCAGGUUGCCUACAGCUUUGUGGUUUUUGAGAACGUGGCGCUGGGAUAUCAUGUGGGUAGUGUGUCUGCAUCCACCAUGGAUCUCAAUUGCAACAUCAGUUAUCUCAUUACUACUGGGGAUCAGAAAGGUAUGUUUGCUAUCAACCAGGUCACUGGGCAGCUUACCACAGCAAAUGUGAUUGAUAGAGAAGAGCAAUCGUUUUAUCAGCUGAAGGUAGUGGCCAGUGGGGGCACAGUGACUGGUGACACUAUGGUUAACAUAACAGUUAAGGAUUUGAAUGACAACUCUCCCCAUUUCCUUCAGGCAAUAGAGAGUGUAAAUGUGGUGGAGAAUUGGCAGGCAGGUCACAGCAUUUUCCAGGCCAAAGCUGUGGACCCUGAUGAAGGUGUCAAUGGCAUAGUACUCUAUAGUCUGAAGCAAAACCCCAAGAACCUAUUUGCUGUCAAUGAAAAGAAUGGCACUAUUAGUCUGCUUGGGCCUCUGGAUGUUCAGGCUGGCUCCUACCAAAUAGAGAUAUUGGCAUCUGAUAUGGGUGUUCCACAGCUCUCCUCUAGUGUCAUCCUAACAGUUUAUGUCCAUGAUGUAAAUGACAAUUCACCAGUGUUUGACCAACUUUCUUAUGAGGUCACCCUUUCUGAGUCAGAACCUGUGAAUUCUCGAUUUUUUAAAGUACAAGCUUCUGAUAAGGAUUCAGGAGCAAAUGGUGAAAUUGCAUACACCAUUGCUGAAGGAAAUACAGGGGAUGCUUUUGGCAUAUUCCCAGAUGGUCAAUUGUAUAUAAAAAGUGAACUUGACCGUGAACUUCAAGACAGAUAUGUUUUAAUGGUUGUUGCUUCUGACAGAGCAGUGGAACCCCUUAGUGCUACUGUGAAUGUUACUGUAAUUUUGGAAGAUGUAAAUGAUAACAGACCUCUUUUUAACAGUACCAAUUACACAUUUUACUUCGAAGAAGAGCAAAGGGCUGGGUCGUUUGUGGGCAAAGUAAGUGCUGUAGAUAAAGACUUUGGGCCAAAUGGAGAAGUAAGGUAUUCUUUUGAAAUGGUGCAGCCAGAUUUUGAGUUGCAUACUAUCAGUGGGGAAAUUACAAAUACUUACCAGUUUGACAGGGAGUCUCUUAUGAGGCGGAGAGGGACUGCAGUGUUUAGCUUUACAGUCAUAGCAACAGAUCAGGGGCUCCCUCAGCCUCUCAAGGAUCAGGCCACUGUACAUGUUUACAUGAAGGAUAUAAAUGAUAAUGCUCCCAAAUUUUUAAAAGACUUUUACCAAGCUACAAUAUCAGAGUCAGCAGCCAAUCUGACACAAGUUUUAAGAGUAUCUGCCUCAGAUGUUGAUGAAGGUAAUAAUGGACUUAUUCACUAUUCUAUAAUAAAAGGAAAUGAAGAAAGACAGUUUGCUAUAGACAUUACCUCUGGUCAGGUAGCACUAAUUGGCAAAUUAGACUAUGAAGCAACACCUGCCUAUUCCCUUGUAAUUCAAGCAGUGGAUUCAGGGACAAUCCCCCUCAAUUCAACGUGUACUUUAAAUAUUGAUAUUUUAGAUGAAAAUGACAAUACCCCUUCUUUCCCUAAAUCAACACUCUUUGUUGAUGUUUUGGAAAACAUGAGAAUUGGUGAACUCGUGUCCUCUGUUACUGCAACUGAUUCCGAUUCAGGUGACAAUGCUGAUUUAUAUUACAGUAUUACUGGGACUAACAACCACGGAACUUUUAGCAUUAGCCCAAACACUGGGAGUAUUUUUCUUGCCAAAAAAUUGGACUUUGAAACACAAUCUUUGUAUAAAUUAAAUAUAACAGCAAAAGACCAAGGAAGACCUCCUCGUUCAUCUACAAUGUCAGUGGUUAUUCACGUGAGGGACUUUAAUGACAACCCUCCUAGCUUUCCUCCUGGAGAUAUUUUCAAAUCUAUUGUUGAGAACAUUCCCAUUGGUACAUCUGUCAUUUCAGUGACUGCACAUGACCCUGAUGCAGACAUUAAUGGGCAACUAUCCUACACAAUCAUUCAACAGAUGCCAAGAGGCAACCAUUUUACCAUAGAUGAAGUCAAAGGGACUAUAUAUACUAAUGCUGAAAUAGAUCGGGAAUUUGCUAAUCUCUUUGAGUUAACUAUAAAAGCCAAUGAUCAAGCUGUGCCAAUAGAAACUAGACGGUAUGCUUUGAAGAACGUGACCAUUUUGGUUACAGACCUCAAUGACAAUGUCCCAAUGUUUAUAUCACAAAACGCCCUUGCUGCAGACCCAUCAGCUGUGAUUGGUUCUGUUCUGACAACAAUUAUGGCUGCUGACCCAGAUGAAGGUGCUAAUGGAGAAGUAGAGUAUGAGAUCAUCAAUGGGGACACAGACACCUUCAUUGUUGAUCGUUAUAGUGGAGACUUGAGAGUGGCUUCAGCGCUGGUUCCUUCACAGUUGAUCUACAAUCUCAUAGUUUCAGCAACAGACCUUGGGCCUGAAAGGAGGAAGUCAACCACUGAAUUGACCAUCAUUCUUCAGGGCCUUGAUGGACCUGUUUUUACUCAACCCAAAUAUAUAACUAUUUUGAAGGAAGGAGAACCCAUUGGCACAAAUGUGAUAUCAAUAGAAGCAGCUAGCCCCAGAGGAUCUGAGGCCCCAGUGGAGUAUUACAUUGUUUCAGUUCGUUGUGAAGAAAAAACUGUUGGACGCCUCUUUACUAUUGGACGACAUACUGGUAUAAUUCAGACUGCAGCCAUUCUGGACCGGGAGCAAGGAGCAUGUCUUUACCUGGUGGAUGUUUAUGCCAUAGAAAAAUCAACUGCUUUUCCCAGAACACAGAGAGCAGAGGUAGAAAUAACACUUCAGGAUAUCAAUGACAAUCCACCAGUAUUUCCAACCGACAUGCUGGAUCUCACUGUAGAGGAGAACAUUGGCGAUGGCUCUAAGAUUAUGCAGCUGACAGCCAUGGAUGCUGAUGAGGGUGCAAAUGCUCUCGUCACAUACACUAUCAUUAGUGGAGCUGAUGAUAGUUUUCGCAUUGACCCAGAAUCCGGAGAUCUGAUAGCAACCAGGAGGUUGGACAGGGAACGCCGUUCCAAAUAUUCAUUGCUAGUUCGUGCUGAUGAUGGUCUUCAGUCCUCAGACAUGAGAAUUAAUAUCACUGUCAGUGAUGUGAAUGACCAUACACCCAAGUUUUCCAGACCCGUGUACUCUUUUGACAUUCCAGAGGACACAAUCCCUGGUUCUUUGGUAGCAGCCAUUUUAGCCACGGAUGAUGACUCUGGUGUGAAUGGAGAAAUUACAUAUAUUGUGAAUGAAGAUGAUGAAGAUGGCAUCUUUUUCCUGAAUCCCAUUACUGGGGUCUUUAAUUUGACUCGAGUAUUAGAUUAUGAAGUACAGCAAUAUUAUAUCCUCACUGUUCGAGCAGAAGAUGGUGGGGGACAAUUUACUGCCAUCAGAGUUUAUUUCAAUAUUCUAGAUGUAAAUGAUAAUCCACCUAUUUUCAGCUUGAAUUCAUACAGCACAUCUUUAAUGGAGAAUCUACCUGUAGGAUCUACUGUUCUUGUGUUUAAUGUUACUGAUGCAGAUGAUGGCAUCAACUCUCAAUUGGCUUAUAGCAUUGCUUCAGGUGAUAGUCUUGGGCAGUUUACUGUUGACAAGAAUGGUGUACUCAAAGUCCUAAAAGCUUUGGAUCGGGAAAGUCAGUCCUUCUAUAACUUGGUUGUUCAGGUGCAUGACCUGUCACAGAUUCCAGCCUCCAGAUUCACAAGCACUGCUCAAGUCUCCAUUAUUUUGUUGGAUGUAAAUGAUAACCCACCAACAUUUCUUUCCCCUAAAUUGACAUACAUUCCAGAAAAUACACCUAUUGAUACUGUUGUUUUCAAAGCUCAAGCAUCUGACCCAGAUAGUGGCCCAAACAGCUAUAUUGAGUACACUCUGCUGAACCCUUUGGGAAACAAGUUCAGUAUUGGGACCAUUGAUGGUGAAGUGAGGCUCACUGGAGAACUGGACAGAGAAGAGGUUUCUAAUUAUACUCUAACAGUGGUGGCUACAGACAAAGGUCAACCAUCUCUCUCUUCAUCUACAGAGGUUAUAGUUAUGGUACUUGACAUCAAUGAUAACAACCCCAUCUUUGCACAAACUUUGUAUAAAGUGGAGAUUAAUGAAAACACACUUACUGGAACAGAUAUAAUACAAGUGUUUGCAGCAGAUGGAGAUGAAGGCACAAAUGGACAGGUUCGCUAUGGCAUUGUUAAUGGUAAUACCAAUCAGGAAUUUCGGAUAGACUCUGUCACAGGUGCCAUCACUGUUGCUAAACCUUUGGAUAGAGAAAAGACCCCUACCUACCAUUUAACUGUUCAGGCAGCAGAUCGAGGCAGCACACCGAGAACUGAUACCUCCACAGUCAGCAUUGUUCUACUGGAUAUUAAUGACUUUGUUCCUGUAUUUGAGCUAUCUCCGUAUUCUGUAAAUGUCCCUGAGAAUUUACGGACACUACCCAGAACAAUUCUUCAGGUGGUGGCAAGAGAUGAUGAUCAAGGAUCUAACAGCAAACUCUCAUAUGUUCUGUUUGGUGGUAAUGAAGACAACGCUUUUACUCUCUCAGCCAGUGGAGAACUUGGAGUAACACAGAGUCUGGAUAGGGAAACAAAAGAGCAGUUUGUCUUAAUGAUUACAGCUAUAGAUGGAGGAUCCCCUGCCCUGACUGGAACUGGAACAAUCAGCGUCAUAGUAGAUGAUGUCAAUGACAAUGUCCCCACAUUUGCCAGUAAAGCGUAUUUCACAACAAUUCCUGAGGAUGCACCCACUGGAACAGAUGUUUUAUUGGUAAAUGCCUCAGAUGCUGAUGCUUCAACAAAUGCAGUUGUAAGUUAUAGGAUCAUCGGUGGAAACUCUCAGUUCACGAUCAACCCAUCCACAGGACAAAUCAUCACAAGUGCAUUGUUAGAUAGGGAAACAAAAGAUAAUUAUACUUUGGUGGUAGUCUGCAGUGAUGCGGGAUACCCAGAGCCUCUUUCCAGUUCCACCAGUGUGCUUGUUACUGUGACUGAUGUCAAUGACAAUCCACCAAGAUUUCAGCAUCACCCAUAUGUCACUCACAUCCCAUCUCCUACCCUUCCAGGUUCCUUUGUCUUUGCGGUUACAGUCACAGAUGCUGAUAUUGGACCAAAUUCUGAACUGCAUUACUCUCUUUCGGGUAGAAAUUCUGAAAAAUUUCACAUUGACCCACUGAGGGGAGCCAUUAUGGCCGCUGGACCACUAAACGGAGCUUCAGAAGUGACAUUUUCUGUGCAUGUAAAAGAUGGUGGCUCAUUUCCAAAGACAGAUUCUACAACAGUGACUGUUAGAUUCGUGAAUAAGGCAGAUUUCCCUAAAGUCAGAGCCAAAGAACAGACAUUCAUGUUUCCUGAAAACCAACCAGUCAGCUCUCUUGUCACCACCAUUGCGGGAUCCUCUUUGAGAGGAGAACCUAUGUCAUAUUAUAUUGCAAGUGGGAAUCUUGGCAAUACUUUCCAGAUUGAUCAAUUAACAGGGCAGGUGUCUAUUAGUCAACCUCUGGAUUUUGAAAAGAUACAAAAAUAUGUGGUGUGGAUAGAGGCCAGAGACGGUGGUUUCCCUCCUUUCUCCUCUUAUGAGAAACUUGAUAUAACAGUAUUAGAUGUCAAUGAUAAUGCCCCAAUUUUUAAGGAAGACCCAUUUGUAUCUGAAAUACUGGAAAACCUUUCCCCUCGAAAAAUACUUACUGUUUCAGCAGUGGACAAGGACAGUGGACCCAAUGGGCAGUUAGAUUAUGAAAUUGUUAAUGGCAACAUGGAAAAUAGUUUCAGUAUCAAUCAUGCUACUGGUGAAAUUAGAAGCGUUAGACCUUUGGACAGGGAAAAAGUAUCUUAUUAUGUUCUAACCAUAAAAUCUUCAGACAAAGGGUCCCCUUCUCAGAGUACUUCAGUAAAAGUCAUGAUUAACAUUUUAGAUGAAAAUGAUAAUGCCCCUAGGUUUUCUCAGAUAUUUAGUGCCCAUGUUCCUGAAAAUUCCCCCUUAGGAUACACAGUUACUCGUGUCACAACUUCUGAUGAAGACAUUGGGAUUAAUGCAAUUAGUAGAUAUUCUAUAAUGGACACAAGUCUUCCAUUUACAAUUAAUCCCAGCACAGGAGAUAUUGUCAUAAGCAGACCUUUAAAUAGGGAAGAUACAGACCGUUACAGAAUUCGAGUUUCUGCACAUGAUUCUGGGUGGACUGUAAGUACAGACGUCACAAUAUUUGUGACAGACGUCAAUGACAAUGCUCCAAGGUUUGGCAGACCUUCCUAUUAUUUAGAUUGCCCUGAACUUACUGAGAUUGGUUCCAAAGUAACUCAGGUAUUUGCCACAGAUCCUGAUGAGGGAUCAAAUGGACAAGUGUUUUAUUUUAUAAAAUCUCAAUCAGAAUAUUUCAGGAUUAAUGCUACCACUGGAGAGAUUUUCAAUAAACAGAUCUUAAAAUAUCAGAAUGUCACUGGCUUCAGUAAUGUGAAUAUCAACAGGCAUAGUUUUAUAGUGACAUCUUCAGAUCGAGGUAAUCCUUCCUUAAUUAGUGAGACAACAGUUACCAUCAACAUAGUGGACAGUAACGACAAUGCACCUCAAUUUCUUAAAAUCACUGCAAAGGAUAAGGGAAACCCUCCACUUUCUUCCCAAGCAACUGUUGAAAUAAUUGUCACUGAGGAAAACUACCAUACGCCUGAAUUCUCUCAAAGCCACAUGAGUGCAACUAUCCCUGAGAGCCAUAGCGUUGGAUCCAUUGUCAGAACUGUUUCUGCAAGAGAUAGAGACGCAGCGAUGAAUGGCUUGAUAAAGUACAGCAUUUCUUCAGGAAAUGAAGAAGGCAUUUUUGCAAUCAAUUCUUCUACAGGUAUAUUAACACUAGCCAAAGCUCUUGAUUAUGAGCUAUGCCAGAAACAUGAAAUGACAAUUAGUGCUAUAGAUGGAGGAUGGGUUGCAAGAACUGGUUACUGCAGUGUGACCGUAAAUGUGAUUGAUGUGAAUGAUAAUUCUCCAGUAUUCCUCUCUGAUGACUAUUUCCCUACUGUUUUGGAAAAUGCCCCAAGUGGAACAACUGUUAUCCACCUAAAUGCAACAGAUGCUGACUCUGGAACAAAUGCUGUGAUUGCAUAUACUGUACAGUCAUCUGACAGUGACCUCUUUGUCAUUGACCCGAACACAGGAGUCAUAACCACUCAAGGCUUCUUGGAUUUUGAAACCAAGCAGAGCUACCAUCUUACUGUGAAAGCCUUCAAUGUCCCCGAUGAGGAAAGGUGUAGCUUUGCCACUGUUAAUGUACAAUUAAAAGGGACAAAUGAAUAUGUGCCCCGUUUUGUUUCCAAACUUUACUAUUUUGAAAUCUCAGAAGCAGCUCCUAAAGGUACUAUUGUUGGAGAAGUGUUUGCUAGCGACCGUGAUUUGGGCACUGAUGGGGAGGUACAUUAUUUGAUAUUUGGUAAUAGUCGAAAGAAGGGUUUCCAGAUUAAUAAGAAGACUGGACAGAUUUAUGUUUCUGGAAUUCUUGAUCGAGAAAAAGAAGAAAGGGUGUCUUUGAAGGUAUUGGCCAAGAACUUUGGCAGCAUUAGAGGUGCAGAUAUAGAUGAGGUCACUGUAAAUGUCACCGUGCUUGAUGCAAAUGACCCACCCGUUUUUACUCUAAACAUCUACAGUGUGCAGAUCAGUGAAGGGGUCCCAAUAGGAACUCAUGUGACUUUCGUCAGUGCCUUUGACUCAGACUCCAUCCCCAGCUGGAGCAGGUUUUCUUACUUCAUCGGAUCAGGGAAUGAAAAUGGUGCCUUUUCUAUUAAUCCACAGACAGGACAGAUCACCGUUACUGCAGAAUUAGAUCGAGAAACACUUCCCAUCUAUAACCUCUCAGUUUUGGCUGUUGAUUCAGGGACCCCCUCAGCUACAGGUAGUGCCUCUUUAUUAGUCACCCUGGAAGAUAUAAAUGAUAACGGGCCCAUGCUGACUGUCAGUGAAGGAGAAGUCAUGGAAAACAAACGGCCGGGCACUUUGGUGAUGACCCUUCAGUCCACUGACCCUGAUCUCCCUCCAAAUCAAGGUCCCUUUACUUAUUACUUACUGAGCACGGGUCCUGCCACCAAUUAUUUCAGUCUGAGCACUGUUGGAGUUCUGAGCACAACCAGAGAGAUUGACAGAGAGCAGAUUGCAGACUUCUAUCUGUCUGUGGUUACCAAGGAUUCUGGUGUUCCUCAAAUGUCUUCCACAGGAACUGUGCAUAUCACAGUUAUAGACCAAAAUGACAAUCCUUCACAGUCUCGGACGGUGGAGAUAUUUGUUAAUUAUUAUGGCAACUUGUUUCCUGGUGGGAUUUUAGGCUCUGUGAAGCCACAGGAUCCAGAUGUGUUAGACAGCUUCCACUGCUCCCUUACUUCAGGAGUUACCAGCCUCUUCAGUAUUCCAGGGGGUACUUGUGAUCUGAAUUCCCAGCCAAGGUCCACAGAUGGUACGUUUGAUCUGACCGUCCUUAGCAAUGAUGGAGUUCACAGCACAGUCACGAGCAACAUCAGAGUUUUCUUUGCUGGAUUUUCCAAUGCCACAGUGGAUAACAGCAUCUUACUUCGUCUCGGCAUACCAACCGUAAAGGACUUUUUGACCAACCACUACCUUCAUUUUUUACGCAUUGCCAGCUCACAGCUGACGGGCUUAGGGACUGCUGUGCAACUGUACAGUGCAUAUGAAGAGAACAAUAGAACGUUUCUUUUGGCAGCUGUGAAGCGAAAUCAUAAUCAGUAUGUGAAUCCCAGUGGCGUAGCAACCUUCUUUGAAAGCAUCAAAGAGAUCCUAUUUCGGCAGAGUGGAGUAAAGGUGGAAUCUGUGGAUCAUGACUCCUGUGUGCAUGGCCCAUGCCAGAAUGGAGGGAGCUGUCUAAGAAGAUUGGCUGUGAGCUCUGUAUUAAAAAGCCGUGAGAGUCUUCCAGUCAUCAUCGUGGCAAAUGAACCUCUGCAGCCUUUCCUAUGCAAGUGUCUGCCAGGAUACGCGGGAAGCUGGUGUGAAAUAGAUAUAGAUGAAUGUCUUCCAUCACCUUGCCACAAUGGUGGAACCUGUCACAAUUUAGUGGGAGGAUUUUCAUGCAGCUGCCCAGAUGGCUUCACUGGUAGGGCCUGUGAGAGAGAUAUCAAUGAGUGCCUGCAGAGUCCUUGCAAGAAUGGUGCUGUCUGCCAGAAUUUUCCAGGAAGCUUCAACUGUGUUUGUAAAACUGGAUACACAGGGAAAAUGUGUGAAUCUUCAGUCAAUUACUGUGAAUGCAACCCCUGCUUUAAUGGUGGUUCCUGCCAAAGUGGUGUGGAUUCUUAUUAUUGUCAUUGUCCAUUUGGUGUCUUUGGAAAACACUGCGAGUUGAAUAGUUAUGGAUUUGAGGAGUUGUCAUACAUGGAAUUUCCAAGCUUGGACCCCAAUAACAACUAUAUUUAUGUCAAAUUUGCCACUAUUAAAAGUCAUGCCUUAUUGCUUUACAACUAUGACAACCAGACAGGCGACCGGGCUGAGUUUUUGGCCCUUGAAAUUGCCGAAGAAAGACUAAGAUUCUCUUAUAAUUUAGGCAGUGGUACAUAUAAACUCACCACCAUGAAGAAGGUGUCAGAUGGACAUUUUCACACUGUAAUCGCCCGGAGAGCAGGAAUGGCAGCCUCCUUAACUGUGGACUCCUGUUCUGAGAACCAGGAGCCAGGAUAUUGUACUGUCAGUAAUGUGGCAGUUUCAGAUGACUGGACUCUUGAUGUUCAGCCAAAUAGAGUCACAGUUGGAGGUAUCAGAUCGCUAGAACCAAUCCUUCAGAGGAGAGGACAUGUGGAAAGCCAUGAUUUUGUCGGGUGUAUAAUGGAGUUUGCAGUCAAUGGAAGGCCUCUGGAACCCAGCCAAGCUUUGGCAGCACAAGGCAUCCUAGAUCAAUGCCCUAGGCUGGAAGGCGCUUGUACUCGCAGCCCAUGUCAGCAUGGUGGCACAUGUAUGGAUUACUGGUCAUGGCAGCAGUGUCAUUGCAAAGAGGGACUCACUGGGAAAUACUGUGAAAAAUCUCUUACUCCUGACACUGCCUUAUCAUUAGAAGGCAAAGGGCGCUUAGACUACCACAUGAGUCAGAAUGAGAAGCGGGAAUAUUUGUUAAGGCAAAGCAUACGAGGUGCUAUGUUGGAGCCUUUUGGUGUGAACAGUCUGGAGGUAAAAUUUAGGACCAGAAGCGAGAAUGGCAUUUUAAUCCAUAUCCAAGAAAGCAGUAAUUACACUACUGUGAAGAUUAAGAAUGGCAAAGUACAUUUUACAUCUGAUGCAGGAAUCGCUGGGAAAGUGGAGAGAAAUAUUCCUGAAGUGUAUGUUGCAGAUGGCCACUGGCACACUUUUCUAAUUGGGAAAAAUGGAACAGCCACAGUAUUGUCUGUCGAUAGAAUAUAUAACAGAGAUAUUAUCCACCCUACUCAGGACUUCGGUGGCCUUGAUGUGCUUACUAUAUCACUUGGAGGAAUUCCACCCAAUCAAGCACAUCGAGACGCCCAAACAGCAGGUUUUGAUGGCUGCAUUGCUUCUAUGUGGUAUGGUGGAGAAAGUCUUCCUUUCAGCGGGAAGCAUAGCUUGGCCUCCAUCUCAAAAACAGAUCCCUCGGUGAAGAUUGGCUGCCGUGGCCCGAACAUUUGUGCCAGCAACCCCUGCUGGGGUGAUUUGCUGUGCAUUAAUCAGUGGUAUGCCUACAGGUGUGUCCCUCCUGGAGACUGUGCCUCCCACCCGUGCCAGAAUGGUGGCAGCUGUGAGCCAGGCCUGCACAGGCCCUGCACUCUGGCUUCACCUGGUAGCUGCCCAGACUCCCACACAGGAAGGACCCUGUGAGAUGGUGGUGCCUGUCUUGGCGUCCUCUGUCCUCAGGGAAGUGCCAAAGCUGGAAGUCCUGCAGGCAUUGUCUGUGUUCUGAGUCAGGGCCCUGAAGAGAUCUCCCUGCCUUUGUGGGCUGUGCCUGCCAUCGUGGGCAGCUGCGCAACCGUCUUGGCCCUGGUCCUGAGCCUUAUCCUGUGUAACCAGUGCAGGGGGAAGAAGGCCAAAAAUCCAAAAGAGGAGAAGAAACCGAAGCGAGAAGAAGAAAAAAGGAAGGUGAGAUGUUUGCUUUGUGAUGACCCCGACAAUAUCCCCCCGUACGGGGAUGGACAUGACUGUGAGGAAAGGCAGCCUGAAGCGAAACCCAAAACCAAUAUCAUUGAAAGGGAACCCUACCUUAUAUAUGAUGAAACUGAUAUUCCUCAAAAACUCAGAAACCAUCCCCAGUGCCCCUUUGGUCUUCCAGAGCAGGAUGAUAGCAGCCACUAUGCGACAUUUGACAAUGCCAGUCAGCAUUCGCCCCUUCGGAGUGCUGACAUCAUUCUCAACACUACAAGCAGUUCCGCAGGGCCACACACCAAAAUUUUACAAUUCCAGAGGCACAGUCCCCUAGGUUUUGAAAGGGCAAUCCCUGCCUUAGGAGCAAGCAGUUUGACUUACCAGCCUUCAUAUGGUCAAGGUUUGAGAACCAGCUCCCUAAGCCACUCAGCAUGCCCAACUCCCAACCCUCUGUCCCGACACAGUCCAGCCCCUUUCUCCAAAUCUUCUACAUUCUAUAGAAACAGCCCAGCAAGGGAAUUGCAUCUUCCCAUAAGGGAUGGUAAUACUUUGGAAAUGCAUGGUGACACCUGCCAACCUGGCAUUUUCAACUAUGACACAAGGCUGGAAGGAGAAGAAGGUCCUCAGGGCCCAUGGCAUCACAUGGUUCCUAGACCAGGGAGUCGCCUAAAGCAGCCAAAUUGGGCAGAUUCCUCUGAAUCUUCUCCUCCAGUUGGACUCUCUAUUGAGGAAGUGAGGCUCAACACACCUCGCCCUAGAAACCCAAGUAUCUGCAGUGCAGACACUGGGAGGUCUUCUGCAGAGGAGGACUGCAGAAGGCCACUGUCUAGAACGGAAUCCAGCCGAUGCAUUCCAGCUCCAGAAUCCUCUUCUGAUAGUGACUCCUCGAGAAUCUUUCACUUGCUCAGAAAAUGGAAUAUGACAGGAAGCCAAUGGUAUAUACUUCCAGGAUGCCCAAAUUAUCUCAAGUCAAUGAAUCUCUGCAAGAUGGAGAGAAGCAGUUUGACUUACCAGCCUUCAUAUGGUCAAGGUUUGAGAACCAGCUCCCUAAGCCACUCAGCAUGCCCAACUCCCAACCCUCUGUCCCGACACAGUCCAGCCCCUUUCUCCAAAUCUUCUACAUUCUAGAACAGCCCAGCAAGGGAAUUGCAUCUUCCCAUAAGGGAUGGUAAUACUUUGGAAAUCCAUGGUGACACCUGCCAACCUGGCAUUUUCAACUAUGCCAAGGCUGGAAGGAGAAGCAAGGUCCUCAGGGCCAUGGCAUCACAUGGUUCUAGACCAGGGAGUCGCCUAAAGCAGCCAAUUGGGCAGAUUCCUCUGAAUCUUUCUCCUCCAGUUGGACUCUCUAUUGAGGAAGUGGAGAGGCUCAACACACCUCGCCCUAGAAACCCAAGUAUCUGCAGUGCAGACCAUGGGAGGUCUUCUUCAGAGGAGGACUGCAGAAGGCCACUGUCUAGAACAAGGAAUCCAGCCGAUGGCAUUCCAGCUCCAGAAUCCUCUUCUGAUAGUGACUCCCAUGAAUCUUCACUUGCUCAGAAUGGAUAUAUGACGAGGAGAAGGCCAUGGUAUAUACUUCCAGGAUGCCAAAUUAUUCAAGUCAAUGAAUCUGGAUGCAGAUGAUGAGAUAAUUACGGAGCAAGACUUAAGCUCGAAGGUACCACGGCGCAGGGGCCGAGGGAGGACCUGUGGCACCCAGGCAGCGGCACCGCAGGCGCUGCUGACAACACAUGCCCAUGAAGCUAGGCAGCAAGCAGGGACUUCACUGGGACAACUUUUGAACUGGGGGUCCUGGCUUUGGCCAUUAUGUAGAUGUUUUUAAAGUUUGGCAUCUCUUCCAGAAAAAGCAGCAGCAAAUGAAGGAAGGGCAAAGCUGGGACAACUAAGCCAGCCCCAAAGAUGGGGAGCAGAACAGUAUGUGUGAAGUUUAUGUACUGGCCUAUAAAAAUACAAAAAACAAAUGCUCCAAACCAUUGAAACUUGCCGAUUAGGUUGGGUCACAUUGAAAAACAGGCCAGUACGGACUAGUGGUGGAGGGAAAACUUUAAAAUAAUAACCACAAUGCUGCUGAACAGACUCACAACAACUCUUAAUUUAAACAUGUGUGGUUGAAUUUGUUUCCCUGCAUGCAUUGUGUUUUGUAACUAGUUAUGUGGCAUGCAGCAUUUGGAAAAUAUUUUUCUUAUUUACCCGGGUGUUUGAUUUGUGGUUUUUUAAAAAUUGAUACCUUUACCAUUGCAGAAAAGAACUUGUGCUUUCCAGUGGCGUAUGUGUAUUGGUUUUUCCAUUGUAUUAUUAUAAUUAUGUUUUGCAUUGCAAGAUUCUUGAUGUUAAACCAAUCCUUGUAAAGUGUAGAAAGGAACCCUCCUAUCGUGGAAUGAAAGAUUAAGUAUAUUAACACUUUUCAGAAUGAUAGUUUCCGUAUUUGAUGUUGCUCAGAAAUGUCUGAGUAUUUGAGUAAGUUUUACAUGACAGUGGGUACUAAAAUUAAGUCAUUUUGUUCAGCACUUUAAUGCUUUCUUAUAGAAUUGUCUAAAACUCCUGGAUCCUUGAGCAAGUGAUUAUGGUCUCCUGACUUUCAUGAGGCUUCCAUUAGGAACAGAAUGAUUGCAUGUUGUCCCCAGAACACUGCCACCUUGCUAUGCGAAUGAUGUUCUCAGCAGCACUUAGGACACUCUUAAACGUUAUUUAUUGAAAAAAAUUUUCUAUGCUUUUAAUAUUUUAAAGAAUUGACCUAAGGAAAGCCUAUGAUUGGACUUAUUUUCCAACCAGAUAACAUUUACUCUAAGUACCCAGUUUUUAUAAUUUAUAUGAAAUGAGAUUUCAACACUUACUUUCUGUCAUUUUGUAGAUCAUUUUUUUAAAUACUGUGUAAAAACUUUUUUUACACCUAAACUGUGUUUUUGAUAGUGAUAUUUUCCUAUGCUGAAUAGUUUUCUUACUUUCAGGGAAGGUAAGAAAAUACUUUUUUUAUAUUUGUUACUUAUGUAACAUUCAUAUUUUUCACAUUUUGAUAUUUGUAACAUACUGUAUGCUUUCUACUUGUAAAUGUCAACAAUAGAAUUAAAAUAUUUAUUUAAAAUAUUUUGUAUUCAUAGUGUAAUAUUAAUUUUUAUCUUUCUAUAUUCUUUGUAUGCCCAAUUGAGAAUAGUCUCUACUUGUCAAUAGGGUAUGGCUACUUGAACUGUAUAUGAGCAACAUCAUUUUCUUUUUAAAAAAUGUGAAUAUGGAUCAUUGCCAGAACAGGUAUUUCAAAGUCACUUUAGUGCAUUCCUACAUGUCAGAGUUCUUAGGUUUCCCUGGAGUAUAAUGAGUCUAGACUAGGUUGAUCUUAGGGGACUGACUUUGUUAUGAAACUGUUUUAAGCAUUCUGGCAAUAAAUGUUUGGAAAUUCCCAGUAGAAUGUGUUCACUGAAGACCAGCUUUAGAUCAGUCUUAUAGCCGUAGAAGCAGCAAUGAAUUAAAGCUAAUUAUGGAAAAAUGUCUGGGUCUGAUUUUCUCCAAGGACCCAGCCCAAAAUUCUCUAAGUCCAAGGGUGGGUAGAAAGAAUGAUAGGGAAAGCUCCACUCUGCAUAUGUGUCUUUAAUUUAUUGAUUACUCUGCUGCAUAAUUCUAAAGAAACUGUACAUGCUGUCUUAGCCAAGACAAACCUCUGUUUUCAGGAGUCAUAGUUACAUCUUAAAUAACAGGAUUUUUAAAAAUUACCUCACAAUCUCAGAACAUAUUUAAUUAAAUAUCAGCCCCAAACCUAAUAUUCAUUGAGAAUACUCUCCUUUAAUACUGACUGUACCAUAUUGAAUAGGAAUUUUAACAAUAUGUAUAUUAACACCCACACAUUGAGGUAUAUGCCAGAAUUAUUUUGUUAUUUAAUAAUGUUGACAUUAUUAUUUUUUGGUUUCAGAUUAGGAAGUAUAAUGUGAAUUUAAUCUAAAUCAUGAUAUUCCUUUAGGUUGAAACACUGAAUGUAAGAUAAUGAUUGGAUCUUCUCUGUUUUUGUCACCUGUGAUGAGCCAACAUGUUUUAGUAUUUCUCUAUGAAUUUUAUAAGUUUAUUCUCCAAAUACGGAAACAUGUUCAUUGCUUUGUGUAACUCAAAACAAAAUACAAUUUAAAAAAAACUCU